AACUCCACGACCAAAGCCAAAUCUACUUAACCCUGGUUCUUCAAAGAGAGCAUUCAAGAUUUUUGAAUCGUGGGAACGGUUUGUCCCCAAUCUAUCUCUUAUCUCGAGGUUUGGGUGCAGCUUCUUCGAGAAAUACAAAUACCGCCUGACCUUUCAUUCGACGAGAUUCAGAUUUCGGCGCAGCCCAGAAGUUUAACAAAAUGACAACUUUGCCAAGCUCCUCCAGUAAGGUUCCGAUACGAGGUGAUCGUGACCCGGUGCCGGGCAGUAAUGCUAAUGGCGACGAAAUGGCAGAUCUGAGUCUGACGCAGUUGUGGCACCACAUUCAAGAUUUGAAUGCAAAUAAACUGCUGGAGGUCAUCCCUGCUUCCCCCGGAGCUGAAGGCGAGGCUGGCAGUGCGCCACCUGUGUCAUUGUCUGGAAAAAAUGGCGGUGGAAGCAGUGCGAGUUCCAGUACGAGCCCCACUCGUCUGCGUGUCGUCAACGGGACCACCUCCUCUCCGGUGCCAACCGCUGCCGCUGUUGCUGCGCAAUCAGGUAGUUCUACUACGAGCAGCCACCUUGCCGCGCCAGGACACGUGAGUGAGAUGAUGCAUAAGCGGAACGAGUCUGAUUUCGAUUUGCGGGAGAGGCUCAGUGCGACAAUCGACAUCGAUGAAGGACUCCUGCGGGGGACACCAGGGACAGAGAAGAACAAUGGAGCCGGCGCUGGACAACUACGAGCAAACCAGUUAGACCCGCCCGCAAAGCAGGAGCAAGUGUUCGCGUUUAGUCGAAAGCCACUCACCGACGGAAGUACGGCAGCUGAAAUCGCGAGGAAGCGCAUGAGCGAGCGGCUGUCUGCAAACGUGCGCGAGAGUAGCAGGACAUCGAGGACCGCUUCCAGCAUGAUCUAUGCUUCAAGUCACGUGGUACCAAAGCAAUACAUCAACCAGCGAAAUAAACGUGGCGAAGCCGAAGGGGAGGCAUCUGCAAUGGUGCGAGGACUGAUGUUUGGUUUGUAGCGAUAGCAAACAAGAAAUGGAUUGAGCAGAUUUUCAAAAAUGCUGUGACACAGACACCGUUGGGAACUUUACUAACUUUUGUUUACGUGUCACGCAGUGAUCGCGUGGGAGCAGCUGCAGAUGCAGUGAAGAACUUCAACUUUUUAACUGCAUAAAUAACAUACCCUGGACAUCAGUCCUUCCACUUUCAGGUAGAGGGAGAUCUCAACGUCGAAGCAGGUGGUGAAGAAGCCGCCGAAACCGGGGAGCCGGGUCGUGCCCCCACCGUUGCAAUAAGAACAUCAGCUGCUUUACCGGUUGUUCCGCAAGGUGCAAGCUCUGCCGCCGGUUCUCGACUUUCAGAACUCUUUGACGGACGAGACACACUUGCCUUCAAUCCGCAGAUUCCGCGGUGCGACAGCCGGAUGUUUGACACUACCCAGCGCGACAGCACCCUGUCCCUGAACAGUCGCGAGAGCAUCGCCAGUCGCAUGAGCAGCAUUCGGAACUCCGUGCAGAUGCAGUUUCCGAUGGUCGCGC